AGAAAAGCUGCAAUAAGUACAGUGUGGGCAUACCAUAGCAAGCAGUCCUUCAGAUGCUGAUCUUAAUAAUUUUUUUGAGUUAAUAGAACAAAGAGUCUGAAAGGGGACUGGCCUGUCAGUACUCAUUACAGAGGAAUAACUAAGAAAUAAACUCAAAAUUCCUUAGAGACAUUCUGCAAGGCUCAACUUCUCACAUUUUUUAUUUUCAUGAGCUAUGCCACACUAUUUCCUGCCAUUAUAAAAUCAUACUUACAAUUCAAGUUCCAAUGAAUAGCUUUUUCACUAUUUUUGCUUCAGCUAUUUCAAGACGAUCCUUUCUUUUCUGCAAGGUUUCAUGUGCUAUAUGAAUAAAUCUCCCAUUCUGGACAUGUUAGGGAUUUUAGUGGAAAAUUCUUUCAUUCAGGCAUUCAGGCUUUUUUUUUUUUUUUUUAAAGAAUGGACUUAUUCCAAGUAAAAGUACACAUCUGACAUUGAGAUCCAUCCAUCAUUUUAUUUGUUAAACACAGAACAGGCAGCGUGGGGCGUGUCACAAAAUUACACAUAUAUUCCCAGGAGUUCGGCAAGUCUACACCAAGUACAGCUGAGAAGCUGUACUAUUACCUUUGCAGGUGAAGCUGAAAAGACAGCAUUGAUUUCACAAUGGGCUCCAUCAGUGAAGCAAAUGCAGAAUUUGCUUUUGAUGUUUUCAAAGAGCUGAAAGUCCACCAUGUUAACGACAACAUCUUCUACUCCUCCCUGAGCAUCAUUUCAACCCUGGCCAUGGUCUAUCUGGGAGCAAGAGGUAACACUCAGUCUCAGAUGGAGAAGGUUCUUCACUUUGAUAACAUUACAGGAGUUGGAGAUGCUAUUGACUCUGAGUGUGGCACUUCUGAAUACAUCCAUAAUGCAUUCAGGGAUCUUCUCUCAGACCUCACCAUGCUGAAUGCUACAUACUCGCUGAAGUUUGCUGACAAACUCUAUAUUGAAAAAACAUACCCCAUUCUUACGGAAUACUUAAAGUGUGCAAAGAAAUUCUACAAAGCAGGUAUGGAAGAAGUUGACUUCAAAACAGCUGCAGAGGAAGCAAGACAGCUCAUUAAUUCUUGGGUGGAGAAAGAGACAAAUGGACAGAUCCAAGAUUUCCUUGUGGCAGGCUCUGUUAAUCCAGAUACUGCACUGGUCCUUGUGAAUGCCAUUUACUUCAAAGCGAUAUGGAAGACAGCAUUUAAAGAAGAAGACACUCGGGAAGCACCCUUCAGUGUGACAGAGCAAGAAAGCAGACCUGUGCAAAUGAUGUGUCAGAACAGUACCUUCAAAAUGGGAAUUGUGCCUUCAGAGAAAAUUAAGAUCCUGGAGCUGCCAUAUGCCAGUGGAAAGCUGAGCAUGCUGGUGCUGUUGCCUGACGAUGUCUCUGGUCUGGAGCAGAUUGAGAAAAAAAUCAACUUUGAUAAAUUUAAGGAGUGGACCAGUCCCAGUGUGAUGGAAAAGAAGAGAGUGAAAGUGUACCUCCCGCGCAUGAAGAUUGAGGAAAAAUACAACCUCAUAGCUGUCUUAAAGGCCUUGGGUAUGACUGACCUGUUCAGCUCUUCAGCUGAUCUGUCUGGAAUCUCUUCAGCAAAGAGCCUGAAGAUAUCAGAGGCCGUCCAUAUGACAUACAUGGAAGUCAAUGAAGAGGGCACUGAGAUGGCUGGCUCAGCAGAUGUGAUUGGAGACAUCAAACAAUCUUCUGAGUUUGAAGAGUUUAAGGCUGACCGCCCUUUCCUUUUCUUCAUCAAACAUAAUCCAACCAACUUCAUCCUUUUUGUUGGUAAAUAUUGUUCUCCCUAAGAAGAAAAGGAGCUGGAAAUGAAGUUUGUCUUCCCCUCAGAAACAGAUCCCCUUUACUGUAGGAUUGUAGUAUAAUCUCAUCUCUUCAAUAUUUUCUCCAAAUGGAAAGCCUUCAAUAUCUAGUGAGAUGUCCUUGAAGAAGUGUAUGACUUUUCAAAUGUUUAGGUGCAGGUAUUUCUGCUCACACCACUUUUAUUCAGGACUUAUAUCCAAGAGUGAAUGAGAAUUUCAGGAGGUAGUUUAGGAAUAUCUCCCAUCACCAUUGAAUAACUUGAGAGACAGGCUAGUGUUUUGAUUUUUGUGUGAAAUACUUCCACUUUAAUAGACAAUCUGGUUUCUCUAUAGGUGGUUAGUGAAAGAAACACAGCUUUCAGAAUAACCCAGUUCCUUUAUGGACAGCCACCACUGAAUUGAUGCCUGGGCAACUUGCAGACAUAAUUCUGUGCUUUAGCAAAGCAUUCUUCUUCCAGGAAUGCAUGUGCGCUUCUUUGUGCUGCAUGUUAGUAUAAGGCUGUGUCUCUCUGUGCCUGUGUCUGUCUCUCUUGUUCUGAGGAAACAUCUAGAAAGUCCACCAUUUCUUCAUAGAUUAUCAUCUCCAAAUACAAUAUCUUCCUGACAGACACAAUUUUGCACCUUCAUUGCAGUGAUGUACCAUUGAUUUUGUGAAUGUUAAUUGGUGGUCCUUCUAUUUAUUCCAAUAAAA